AGAGUCAACGGAAGUUUCUACUUGUCACGUUUGAACCAAAAACCCGCUAAACACCCUAACCUGCAACUACUAGAGCAGUCGUUCGAUCAUGGCAAGGAGUUUGGGGCUGCUGGUGAGCUGUUUGUUGUUUUUGGUCUGCUCCGGUGCCCCAGGCAAGCGCAGCAGGGAAAGAGUUUACUAUGUGGGGAUCAUUGAGGACUCGUGGGAUUAUACGCCAAGUGGAAAAAACCUGCUGAACGGGAAAGACGUCGAAAAUGAUGAACAUGCUUCUGUAUUCCUGGAAAACGGACCCCACCGUAUCGGCAGUGUUUAUAAGAAGGCUAUGUUCCGACAGUUCACAGAUGCCACUUACAGUCAACAAGCUCCCAGACCCAGCUGGUUGGGCUUCCUGGGGCCCAUACUGCGAGCUGAGAUUGAUGAUGUUAUCACAGUCCACCUGAAGAACUUUGCAACCAGGAACUACUCUAUGCAUCCCCAUGGAGUUUUCUAUGAGAAGGAUGCCGAGGGAGCACUCUAUCCAGAUGGGACAUCAGGCAAGCUGAAGAAAGAUGAUUCUGUUCCUCCAGGAGGAAGUUACACCUACCGCUGGGAGGUCAGACCAGAAUUUGCCCCCACAGAUGAUGAUGCCAACUGCCUGACCUGGGUUUACCACUCUCAUGUAAAUGCCCCCAGGGACAUUGCCUCAGGACUUAUAGGGGCACUGCUCACCUGCAAAAAAGGAAUCUUGAAGGACACUUCUGAACGAGUCCAGACAGAGUCUGUCCGCAAUGAUGUUGACCAGGAUGUCUUCCUGAUGUUUAACGUGGUGGACGAAAACCUGAGUUGGUACCUGCUUGACAACAUUCAGAAGUGCAGUGAUCCAGCUGGUGUCGAUAGAGAAGACCCAGACUUUGAAGAGUCAAACUUGAUGCAUGCUAUUAAUGGGUACAUGUUUGGUAACCUGCCCGGUAUUGAGCUAUGCCAGCACCGUGCAGUGGCCUGGCAUUUGUUUGGCAUGGGUAAUGAGGUGGACAUUCACUCUGCCUUUUUUCAUGGGAAUACACUGCUAGACCGUGGCCACCGCACUGACGUCCUCAGCCUGUUCCCAGCCACGUUUGUUACAGCUCAGAUGGUCCCAAAGUCAAGAGGAAAGUGGCUGCUGGCAUGCCAGGUUAAUGACCACUUGCAAGCUGGGAUGCAGGCCUUUUAUGACGUGAAGUCAUGUGGCAAUGACACAAGCACCACAGGGACGGGUGGCAUUGUGAGGAAUUACUACCUGGCAGCAGAGAAUGUCGAGUGGAACUAUGCUCCCACAGGAAAAGAUGUCAUUAACAAUAUAUCCCUUACUGACCCCAACAGUGCUUCAGAGGUGUUUUUUGGCAGAGGGGAUGGUAGGAUCGGUGGUCGUUACAUGAAAGUGUUAUACAAAGAGUACACAGACAGUACCUUCACCAGCAAAAAGACACCAACACCUGAUUCUGGACACUUAGGACUCUUAGGUCCAGUCCUGAGGGCUGAGGAAGGAGAUACUCUCAGAGUGACAUUCAUGAAUAAGGCUGAUGGAAAUUACAGCAUUCAGCCUCACGGCGUGCACUAUGACAAACGGUUCCAGGGAAGCAGCUAUGAGGAUGGUGUCGACAAGCCUGGCUCUCACGUUGGUCCAGGGGAGAAUUUCACCUACACCUGGCAGGUGCUGGAAGGGCCAUCUUCAUCUGAUUCUCCAUGUAUCCCCUACUUGUAUUACUCUGCCACUGAUGCUGCUAAAGACACCAACUCUGGAUUAGUGGGACCUCUGCUUGUGUGCAAGAAAGGGACGCUGGGAGAGAACGGCAUGCAGAAGGGUGUUAAUAAAGAGUUCUUCCUUCUGUUUUCUGUCAUGGAUGAAAACUUCAGCUGGUAUUUGGAAGAGAAUAUUGAGAAGUUUGGUAGCAGCAUGUCAGAUCCUGAGAAUGAAGACUUUCAGGAGAGCAACAUGAUGCAUGCGGUAAAUGGACUUAUGUAUGGGAACCUUCCUGGACUUGAGAUGUGUGCCGGGGACAAAGUUAGGUGGUACACCUUUGGGCUUGGUACAGAGGUGGACAUCCAUGGUGUUUAUUUCGAGGGGAACACCUUCAAGAAGAUGAAAACAACGCGAGACACCCUCAACCUGUUCCCUCACACCACCACGACUGUUGCCAUGGAACCAAAUACUCCUGGCUUGUAUGAGGUAAGCUGCAGAGUAACAGACCAUUACUCAGCGGGCAUGAGACAGCAGUACAAAGUGAAUAUCUGCCCGGGACACAAGUUGAACCACAUACACACAAAGCCGACCAAGAUUGUGCAGUAUUUUAUCAGCGCCGAAGAAAUAGAGUGGGACUUUUCACCUAGCAGAGACUGGGAGAAGGAGAAUAACCAUGGAACAUUAGAGAACAGUCCAGGCAAUGAUUUUGUGGAGAAAGGGGAGAACAGAAUCGGCUCACGCUAUAAGAAGGUGGUGUAUAGAGAAUACACUGAUGACACCUUCAGUGUUCAGAAGAAACGGCAGGAAAACCAACAACACCUGGGAAUUAUGGGACCAAUAAUCAAAGCAGAAGUUGGAGAGCAGAUCGUGAUCACAUUCAAGAACAAAGCCAGCCGUCCAUACUCAAUUAAUGCACACGGAGUAAAGGCUGGCAGUGCGCACAUUCCUGCCAAACCUGGCAAAAUAAUCGAGUUGGCGUGGAAUGUUCCUAAAAGCUCUGGUCCAGGAGUCUCAGAUCCUAACUGCAUCUCCUAUGCCUACUAUUCCCGUGUAGAUUUCAUUAAGGAUCUAUACAGUGGUCUUCUGGGGCCACUGGUGGUGUGCAGACCCGGGACUCUGCAAGGUGAGGGGCCUGACAGACAGAGGAAUGACGUGGAGAAGGAGUUUGCUCUACUUUUUAUGGUGCAUGAUGAAAACCAGUCCUGGUACUUAGACGACAACAUCAAAACAUACCUCGGCGUCGACCCUGGUAACGUCAUCCGUGAUGAGGAGUUUGAGGAGAGUAACAUGAUGCAUGGGAUUAAUGGUAGACUGUAUGGUAAUCUCCAUGGACUGGUGAUGACGCAGCGCCAGAAAGUUGAUUGGUACCUACUCGGCAUGGGCAAUGAAGUGGACAUGCACACCGUUCACUUCCACGCUGAGACUUUUACCUACAAGACGGACCGCGUGCUCCGUGCAGACGUCUUUGACCUCUUCCCCGGGACUUUCCAGACUGUGGAGAUGGUGGCCGGAAACCCAGGGACUUGGUUCCUCCACUGUCACGUGACCGACCACAUCCGUGCUGGCAUGGAGACCACUUUCACUAUCAAAGUUCCAGAAAUCUCUUCACAUGCACCAGGACCUGAAGGCUCCAUAAAGACUCUGCUGCUUUUAUUGGCACUUGGUCUUAUGGCUACAGGUGGGCUGCACUAAUGAAAGGACUCCAAUAUGGAUUGUCUGUGUUGUGGUUGUUAAUACACUUGAAAAAAGGGGGCAAAAAUCACUGCCAGUCCAAAUACUGUAUAUCAAAAGUUGUACAAUCAUGUAUAAAGUUAUCAAAGUUAUUUUAUUUCCUCUGACUUAAAGAGUGAUUUUAUAUUUGUGAAUUGUUUUUUUUCUGCUCGUUUUUUGGCAUGUUGCACUGUGUUUGCUGUGAUUUGUCUGGCCGGCUUUGCAAACCACUGCUAUACCAACUAUUUGAUUCCGGUUACGAAUUUUCCGGUUUCAUUCAGCUUUUUUUGGGAUAUUUGUGUUUUAGCAGUUAUGUUCACUGUGAUAUAUCAUUUUUCUAUCAUGUGCUAGAUUUACCCAACACUGGUGUUAAUUCAAUUUGAAAAUAAAAAGAUUCCAAGAAAUCCAA